AUUAGGGAUUGCACGGAGCUAGAUGAGAAGAAUAAGAUGCAAGGUGCGAGAUCUAGUGGGGCGACAGCUAGAGGUAGACCCCCGAGGGUUUCAGGAGGUAGGGGCGGUAAUCAGAGGGGAGCCACUGAUACGGCUGUUCGAUCCGAGACCCGAGCUCCUGCUAGAGCAUAUGCCAUCCGCGCACGAGAGGAGGCAUCCUCCCCUGACGUUAUCACUGGUCACUGGGACUCGUACUGUUGUGUGCUCGGAACCGUCGUUGAAGUCAUCACACCGGCUGAAAUCUUGUGGUAUUACUUUUUUUUUGUUGUUGAAGAACAUUUGGCAUGUAUAGGCUAUUAUAUUUUGUCGAUUUGUGGGAUUGUAAACUUUAAGCCAUGUGAAAAUGGCCUAUGUGGUCGUCGAGUGGGAUGCUAGAACCUAUAGCCACGAGUCUUAGAAACUCAAAUUUUGUUAAGGUGGCCAUAAUUUGUGUCAUGUAUGAUGGAUGAUUAAGGCCAAGGAAAAAUUCAUGAAA